AUGGCCUCCACCUCGUCGCGCUCGCGUCACUACGAGGAGGGCGAGGAGGUGGCGAGGGGGACGGAGGCCCCGAGGCAGCUGCUCAGGCGGCUGUACGCGCGCUGCGCCCCGCUCGGCGCGUUCGUCGCGGAGCUCGCGGCCGCCGCCGAGCCCGGCUCGCCCGCGGCGGGGCCUCUGCUGCGCGCCGGGGACGACGCGGGGCUGGCGAGCCUCGCGGCCUCCGUGCUGGUGAGCGAGCCUCGCGGGGCCAGGGACCUCACGCCGCCAGUCUCGUUCAGACAGCUGUCCAGCCAGAAGGAGCUCAUGAGCCGCCUGCUGCAACGAAUCCGCAGCCGGGGCAAGCGCAAUGUCGUGGCGUUUGGGCUGGCGAGGCCAUGCGAGCCGACGCUGCCGUCCGUGCCCAAGCUGCGUACGCACUGGACCAACGACACCGCUGCCUCCAUGAUGAACGACAGCUUCUGGGGGACCCUGAUGGAGCGCAUGGGAGACCAGGUCUUCGAGUACCUGGUGGAGGUGUGCUCCCUUUUCAUGUGGGUGCCGCCUUCCUGCUACUACCAGUUCUGCGGCGUUCCCAUCUAUGACCUGGUGGUGUCGGGCCGCCACUUCUCUGCACCCAACAGUCUAUGCAGCCAGAGGCUGGUGAUGGCUCACUCAGACGAGCGAGGUGGUGGUGGUGGUCGUCGUGGUGGUGGUGGUGGUGAUGGUGGUCGCGGCAGAGGGAGAGGGGCUCGAGUGAACCCAGAGCGGCCGGACGUAGGGACAGCAGCCAGAAGAAAACGCAAACGUCGACCACAAAGAAACUGCGAACGUCAACUCCAGAUUAUACACAAAUUUCAGAUGGAUAACGAGACUUUACCCAAAGCAAAAACUCCUCGAUUGGAUGGCGAGGGUGACGUUUUUCCCAACGCUGAGCCGGGCCCCAACGCCGAAGCUGGAACGGGUCGACACGCAAUAGAUCUGGCAUCUCCCUGGGCCAUGGCCCCGGCAAAGCCGAGCCCGGCGGCCCUGCCACGAGCACACAGGCGACGAGGGGGCGGCACGGAUGCAGCGCAGGACGACGCACGCGGGAGCAGCCGCCGGGCUCGCACGAACCCAGGGGUCGUGUUCUACUGGCACAAAGUGAUGUACUCCCACAGACGCCGCGAGGGUUUUCCUAGGAGCCACAUCUUGAGCCGGCUCAAGGUGAGCCGCAGCGCCGCCCGGAAUCUCAUGAGGGAGAUCUUCGAGCUCAACAAGCGCACGGUGGCUGGCAAGGGUAAAGCUCGCGGACGAAGCGUGGCGAGAGGUGGCAGGCCGGCGGCCGUGAGCUCCGCGGGGGAGGGAGGGGACGCGGUCAGCAAGGCGGCGUGGCGGCGGGCGUGCAGGCGCCUCCCCAAGCGCUUCGUGCAGAUGCAGGGCUUCUUCCUCGAGCUGCUCAAGCGCUACAAGAAGUGCCGAGUGCUCGACAUCGUGGAGCGUCACUGCCCUGUGGGUCUACCCAGCAGGAGUCGCUUGACCUGGAAGCGGAGGGGCGCCCCCAACAACGCAACGCAUUUGGUCCCCUCAUCCGAGACGACCUCUGCUCCUGCAGUGGCCACUGCCGCUCCACCUCCUGCUGCCAUUGUUCAGGGGACGGCAUCCACCGAGCUCGGUGAUUUAACGCGGCCGAUCGCUGCGGCGGCGACGAUGGAACACACGCUCGCGGUUGAAGUCAUUUGUUCGCACGGCGCGACCGCGGCGCCCGAGAAUUGCGCGACCCCGUCUACUUUGCAAGACGCGGGGCUAGCGCCUGGCGUUUACCCCGGAUGCACGGAGACGGCGCCCGGCGAGACGCCUCCUCCGCAAGCGGAGACCGCGCACGGCGACGGUGCCGAUGACGACGCCUCGGACGCGGGCCGGCUCGACCGCCCACUUUGCGUCUCCGCCCACGCAUCGCGGCGACGCCCUCGCGGCGCCACCCCCAGGCGCCCCCGGUACCACUGCAGCCAGGUGCGGCUGUUUGGGCUGCUGCACGAGCUGCUGCUGCGGGUGCUGCCGCACGACACGUGGGGCUCGGCCCACAACCGGCGCAAGGUGAUGCGGUCGGUGAAGCGGAGCCUCGGCAUGGGCCACCACGACGCGGUCGGCCUGCGCGAGAUGCUCUCCGGCGUGCGCGUCAAAGACUGCGCCUGGCUGCACCUCGGAGGGGAGCGGCCCUCCCCCUCGGAGCACAGGAAAUGCGAGGAGCUGCUGGCGCAGUUUGUGAGCUGGCUGAUGACUGACUUCAUCAUGGAGGCCAUCAGGUCCUUCUUCUACGUCACUAUAACGAACUUCACGAAGAACCACCUGCUCUACUUUCGCAAGAAGGCGUGGGCACGCUUGUUGCACACCGCUUCCAGGAAAUUCGUGGUCCAGGGGAAGCUGCAGGAGCUGACGGACAUGGAGAGACAGAACGUCCUGCGGGGGGACACGGUCAUCCCCGUGUCUUUUUUGCGCUUCUUGCCCAAGUCCGGCUCGGAGCUGCGUCCCAUCAUCUGCAUGCGGCCCAGGAGGCUGGGUCGGCAGCCCAGGAAGAAGGGCGAGAAUGUGCAAAGGGCCAUCAAGUCGGUGUUUGCGGUGCUGAACUACGAGGUGACAGCGGACCCGGCCUGGCUGGGUUCCUCCGUGCUGGGGAGCGACGAUAUCUACCGGAAGUGGCGCGACUUCGCCCGCCCACGCCAAUCCCCCGCGCGGCCGCUCUACUUUGUCAAGGUGGACAUUAAAGGAGCCUUUGACUCCAUCCCCCAGCAUACAACUGUAGACGUGGUAAAAAGUAUCGUCGGCAGUCGCCAGACGAAAGAUGGGUACAUCAUCCGCAAGUACGUCGUGGUGUGGGCCAACCGCCAGGGCGUCAUGCAGAAAGCCUUCCGGCAGCAGGCGUGCUCGUCGACCCACUUCCAGCCCAAGAUGUCGUGCUUCGUGAGCCAGCAACAGAGAUGCUCGUCCCUGCACAACGCCAUCGUGGUGGAGCAGUGGCUGGAUACAACGCUGACAUCUGUUAUGGUCUCCGAGACCCUCGAGCGACUGCUCCUCAACAACGUGAUCAUCAUCGACCAAAGGUACUAUUGGCAGCGCCGUGGGAUUUCCCAGGGCAGCCCCUUGUCCACGCUGCUGUGCAACCUGUGCUACGCCCACAUGGAGACGUCGAUGCUGUCCACCGUGCAGCAGGACGGUCUGCUCAUGAGAUUCACCGAUGAUUUCCUGCUGGUGACUCCUCACUUGGACAAGGCGAACCACUUCCUCCGGCUGCUGCUUGGCGGCAUGCCCACGUACGGCUGCACGGUGAGUCGCAACAAGACGGUGGUGAACUUCGCGCCGGAGAUCGACGACGGCGACGACAGCGGCGGCUUCAUGCAGCUGCCUCUGCACUGGCUCCUGCCGUGGUGCGGCCUCCUGCUCAACACCCGCACACUGGAGGUGCUGGGAAACUACUCCAGCUACAGCAAGGUGCAGGUCAGUUGGACCAUGAGCCUUUGCUUCGCCUCCCAGCCGGGGCAUACCAUGCGCACCAAGCUCAUGCACGUGCUGCGUCUCAAGUGUCAGCCCAUCCUCCUGGACCUGCAGAUAAACAGCUUCUUCGUAGUGACGAUAAACCUGUACCAAACGCUACAGCUUCAGGCUUACAGGUUCCAUGCGUGCGUGCGCCGGCUGCCAUUGUUCGGGAAGGCUGCUAAUAACCCCGGCUUCCUGCUGUCCGUCGUCGAGGAGACGGCCACCUGCGUCUCCGCACUGCUCCUCAAGCACAACGAAGAGUACUACGGGCAGGUCAAGCGUGCAUCUGAGCUGGUGAAUCCCACACGGGGAGGGCGCGGGCGGCUGCCCCAGAUGGACCGUGACACCGUGUCGUGCCUCUGCUACAGCGCCUUCCACAGCAAGCUGAGCCAGCACCGGGCGAUUUACACCGUCCUGCCGGGGCUGCUGCUUUGGCGCAAAAAGAGGACCUUCGCAAGGCUGCCACCGACCACCCAGCAUUGCCUCUCCAAAGUGCUAACCAUGAAAUGGGACAACAUUCUGAUGUGAUCGCCUGCACAGCUGCGGUAGUGCUUAGAGACACUGCGGUCUAACAGCGUUCCAGCGACCUGGCACUUCAGUCCCAAGACCACAGCACGGACUGAGUACGGGCCGGGACAAAGGCAAGGUUCGGGAUGAGCGGGGUGGAACAAGGCAGACCUCCGCCCUCCAGGUCCUCCUCGGGGGCCAUCUCGAUGAUGAGGGUCCUCAUCAGACAAAUACCUGUGACACUUUGAUCAUACAACAUACUACGUUGUUAGGUCAUCAGGACAGGACAAUAGGAGAUAAGGCUACAUCCCAUACCCACCGUCAGAAUCAGAAUCUUUUUUUUAUCCUGGAGAAAUCUGAUGAGCUAUGAAGUUCUUUGUACAGAUGUCCAGUAGGGGCAGGUCAAAAAGUUAACAAUCAACAAAGUAUAUCGGAAGGG